CAUGGUGAAGGGAGGAGGGACGAAUUUCGCUUCGUUGUCGCCUAAAAUUAUAACUUUACGGUGAUUUGUGUUAGAAUCCCUACAACUGGAUUGAAAUAAGUGACUUUAUUUGGUGCUUACAAUCUCGUGUGAGUGUGUCUAGUACGCGUGGCUAAUCUCCUGUUUAUCACGACUGAUUACAUUCCGACCGCUCCCUGCGUUGGUACCGUCAGUCGCAUAGUAUUUUCAUUUUGUACUACUAGCAAUAGUAGGGGUCUAGUAAAAGCUGUUGGAAAGUGCAUACGGGAAACUGAUGGCGUAAAAAACUGUCUCACGUUCUAUUUUGAUGCCGUUAUGAGGUGAUAGUGGAGUCUGCGUUACUACGUUAGCCAUUUUCGGUGAGUCUCAAAGUAGUGGUACCAAGUGAUAUUUACGUGUCGAUUGUGAAUGAUAAAGUGUUAUAAGUGAGGAAACGCCGCUGACAUUGAGGUACAAAACUCUAUCGCGGCACGACUUGAUAAUGACGGCGCUUCGGAAUACAUUACCGGGCCACUAACGACUGUCGCUGCUGCCACGACAUGAGAAGCAUACUACACCAGACAUGGAUGGCGUGAAGAAAAUACACUCGGGCACACUGUAUCGCAACGGGCCGGUGGAGGGCGCGUACGGCUCGCAGCACAGCCCGGUGUCGCGAUCUGACGCGUCGACCGAGGACGCGGAGCUGUCCGCUGCGCUCGCGCACCAACACCACCUCGCCAUGCAGGCUGGCGAGUACCCAGUAGUGGGUGCAGGCGUGGACCCCGACUACGGGCAGUACGUGUCGUCACCCGCCUCCCACUACAACCACAUAGGACACCUUACCAUGGCGCCUUCGCAGAAAUAUCCACACGUAAUGGACUCAGUGUCGGUUAGUGGCGGGGGGAGCUACGCGGGUGCGGGAGGCGCGGGGCACUACGGCACGUACGGACAUUACGGAGCGACGGCCUACCAGGCGCAGCCCGCGUAUAUGGUCGAGCCUCCGUCACAGGUGCCCGCUUACAUGGGACAGGAGUAUGUGGAAGGGGGCGGCAGUGCGUCGCCGCGGAGCGCGUCCCCUGGCGCGUUACCGUCGCAGCACAAUCUGCAUCUACAACAGAGGUACGACUCAGCUUCUCUCGAGCAGCUGGGGCGGCAUUACUGCGUGACGUCACCGCGCGGCGAGUACGCGGGCGACGCGUACGGCUACCAGCACUACCCCGCCGCGUACGAGCCACAGCCGCACCAAGCACAGUUCAAGGAUUCCCAGAAUGGUUUGAGCCUCGGCAGUGCCGGGGGACAGUCAAUGUAUGGUGAUGAAGAGGAAUUACAGAAACAAAUGGCUGGAAUGUCGCUAGUACAUCCAGGCGUAGGCGUCCGCGAGGAAGGCGGGCUGCAAUGGCGUGACCCGAACCUGCCCGAGGUGAUCGGCUUCCUCAACUCCCCGUCAGAUGUAGUCAAGGCCAACGCCGCCGCAUACUUGCAACAUCUGACUUAUAUGGACGAUCCCAACAAACAGAAGACCAGGAGUUUAGGCGGCAUCCCCCCUCUAGUGCGGCUCGUGUCGCACGAGAAUCCUGAGGUGUGCCGUAACGCGUGCGGCGCGCUACGCAACCUGUCGUACGGGCGACAGAACGACGAGAACAAGCGAGCCAUACGCGACGCCGGGGGCAUCCCCGCGCUCAUGGCGCUGCUGUGCCGCGCCACUGAUAUGGAGGUGAAGGAGCUGGUGACAGGCGUUAUAUGGAACAUGUCAUCAUGCGAGGACCUGAAGCAGUCUAUCAUAGACGACGCGGCGCAGGUCAUCGUCAACAAGGUCAUCAUUCCGCACUCCGGCUGGCAUCCCACCAACCCUGGCGACACAUACUGGUCUACUGUAUUCAGGAACGCGUCGGGCGUGCUCCGCAACGCGUCGUCGGCGGGCGAGUACGCGCGGCGGCGGCUGCGCGGGCUGCACGGCCUCACCGAGGCGCUGCUGCACGCCGUGCGGGCCGCCAUACAGGCCAACGCCAUCGGCACCAAGAUCGUCGAGAACUGCGUCUGCGUGCUGCGGAACCUGUCCUACAGGUGUCAAGAAAUAGAAGAUCCGCUGUAUGACACACGAGCGCCGCCAACGCAGUCAUCUGGACAAGCGAGGAUACAGGCCAGCGCAUCCAAAGGCGAAAACCUGGGUUGUUUUGGUGGCAGUAAAAAGAAGAAGGAAGGGACAUCGUCAUCCAACUCGACGAGUCCGCUGGGCAAGAGCGAGCCGGACUCACAGCCGCUGGCUGACGCCCAGCAGUUAGGCUACAGCGUGCCCAAGGGUACCGAGAUGCUGUGGUCACCUGAGGUGGUCCCCCUGUACAUGGCGCUCCUGCAGACGUGCUCCAACCCGGAGACGCUGGAGGCGGCGGCCGGCGCGCUGCAGAACCUGGCCGCCUGCUACUGGCAGCCCUCCAUCGACAUACGAGCCGCCGUCAGGAAAGAGAAGGGGCUACCAAUCUUAGUAGAGCUCCUACGCAUGGAGGUAGACCGUGUGGUGUGCGCGGUGGCCACGGCUCUACGCAAUCUGGCCAUCGAUCAGCGAAACAAGGAGCUCAUCGGCAAAUACGCCAUGAGGGACCUCGUACAGAAACUGCCUAGCGGGAAUCAACAGCAUGACCAGGGCACAUCAGACGACACGAUAGCAGCAGUGCUGGCAACCCUCAACGAAGUGAUCAAGAAGAGCGGCGAGUUCUCCCGCUCGCUGCUGGAGGCGGGCGGCGUGGAGCGUCUCCUCAAUCUCACCAAGAACAGGCACCGGCAUACGCCGCGCGUUCUCAAGUUCGCAGGUCAAGUGCUGAUGACGAUGUGGGGUCACGCGGAGCUGCGCGAGGUGUAUCGCAAGCACGGCUGGCGCGAGGCUGACUUCCUCACGCCGGCACGGGCCGCGCAGCCGCGGGGGAACUCCAAUAGCAGCGGGCAGGGAACGCCCAUGGGCGCGGCGGCCGGCGCCCCGCACUCGCCCAGCAACGCCAACUCCACGCUCAGCCGGCCCAUGGCCUCCACCGGCGGCACGCGGUACGAGGACCGGACCAUACGCAGGCACCGCGAGAACGAUGACCCCCCAAUGGACGGAAACAACUAUCAAGACGGCCUCGGCAUGGGUAACCCAAACGGGAGGCCCAUGAACUUACAGGGGGUUCAGGCGCAGAUGCCACCGCCGAGCAGUCGCUAAUACUAAUACUAGUUGAACGAAAACCUUGACAAGAAAGUUACAGGCUUAUGUUGGCUAGCUUGCUUCGUCGAUGGAUUUGGUAUGAGGUUCUUUUUUAUGUAAACUUGUCUCAUUUUAUUUCGAUAGCGGGCCUGAAAUCUUUCAUCCGGUGGUAAUUGACAUUUGUUAGGGAGCCUAAGUCUUGGAUCACAACGUCAGCUGAAAGCAUUCAUCGUGUCAUACAUUCUUUCUUCGAAUUCAAAAUUCAAAUACUUCUUUAUUCAGUAAGUAACAUACACUUUGAACGUCUGAUCUGCUUAAAACUAAUGUAGAUUCUCACAACCUGUAUAGCCGAGGAAAAGAAGCUGUAAGAAAAACCUCGGCACAGGGCCCUAGACGUUCUUCUUUCCACUAUCGUUAUCUAAAGCAUUUAUUUUAAAUAGUAAUACUACAGUCAUCUGUCCUUUUCUUAUCUGACAAGAGAUCAAGCUCUUCUAAAGAGCUUAGUUUUAUUUCAAUAGACAAGUAAAUAGGCUGCACAGAAUCACUUGAUUAGUUCAAGGGCAAAGAAUGUCCCCUCAUCCUGUCUAUCGACGGAGAAAGCUAAAAAAUUCUUCCCGAUUCGUCUGCCACUUCUAUUUAUUGGACCAUAAUUUACUAACCAUGAACUGAACAUUUAAAAAAUGCAUUUGAUUUUUUUCUUUGUUUGAUGAUGUUAACAAUUCUACACGCAAUACGAUAUUAGUAUUACAUAAUAACAUGUUAAUUAUAAUAUGCACAUUUAUUUAUUUUACAAUAAUAUAUUCUAAUUAGUUAAUAUGAAAUUGAAAAAUAUACUCUUAAACCUUGCGAUAUUUUGACAUAUGUACAGUUUUUUUUGUCUGUUGUCGAAUAAUGAAAGGCGGAAUAAAGCAAGUGUCAUGUGAUAGUGCCAUCUCUGUCUAGCGAGUCAAUAGUAAAUGGUAUUCAAAAGAGACAAAAAGUGAGAUAGAAUCGAUUGGUUAUGUGGAAUUUCGACCUUUUAUUAUUUGUCAUGGAAAGUCACAGAACAAAAUGAUGAAUUAUACUAAAAAAAAACAACUUAUAAUGUAAAAGAAAAUGACGGAGCAUUAUGGAUUUUUUAUUUUAUAUAAAUCAUAGAUAAUCAGACUUGUCAUAUUAUCAAUUUAUAUCCUGGUGUCAGGGUUAUUUUAUUUAACAAAUGUAAAAAAAAUCAUGAAAACCUAAAAAAUAGUACUGAUAAAAUGUUUAUAAUAAAGGAAAGGAUAUAGGUAAUUAUAUUAUAACCCUACCGUUAACAAAUAAACAAUCCGAAAGGCGGUAUGUAUGGCAAAACAUCGCAAGACCCAGAAAAUAUCUUGAGGCCUAAAGGACAUUUUAAUAUAUUACGUGAAUAUCAAACAUACUACAGCCAUUCCUUUAAACAUCAUGUCAAUUCCCCAUGUAUAUAUUCGUGCCAUGUCUUAUAUUAAACAUAAUAAAGGGGUUUCAUGUAGGUGUAUCGCUCAUUGGAUAUACGGUGUUAUUCUUUGGGACAAAAUUGAUAGAUUGUAUCAUCAUUUGUAGGCUUAAUGCCACUAGAAACACCAGUGAAGGUGUUACGUAAAUCACAGCUAUAAGUAAUGUUUACACAUUAUUUUAAUACGGAUGGAUUAUGCCGACUUUUCGGAUCGUAUGUAUGAGUGACACAAAUCAAUGUAUUAAGUUUCGUUCAAGACCGGAAUCGGACCCCAAUCGAAAAUCUUAUGCAUUUCAGUAUUAACUAAAAUUAAAACGGUCAAUUUGCGGCCAUUUUGGAAAUCUCAUAGUCGAUUUUUAGACGAGAAUUUUGUCGAAAUGACUGCGAGAAUUAUCUAGGGAUUGAACGUGACAUUUCUCAAUGUAACCAUUAUACUAUAACAAGUUAGUAAAAUCUAACUAUAACCUAUUGAGAUAGACAUUUCAUAUAUUCGGGAUUUGAAUAUAAUUGUUAUUAAUUUAUAAAUGAUAGUUCUGUAGCACAUGUCUGCCCGUAACGAACUAAUGCUGGCUAAAUGGGUCUCUUCAAUAGUACAUAAAACUCAAAGUAAUUCUUUACAACCAUUCAAAAUGAGAAUUACAUUUUCUAUUUGUUGUUUAGCCUGAACUAAGUUUAAUGUACUGUUGAAUAGAGCGAGUUAUAGCACGAGUCUUAAGGGCGAAUAGUUUUAACUAUUAUGAUAUUAUAUAGAAUUUUGUAAUAUUUUGUAUUCAUUCCACGCCCCUUUAUUAAUAUUGUAAUAUAGGUGUCUAUUGUCCUCUAUACUUAAGGAAUAUCCGUCUUAUAUAUAGCUAUAAGAUGCAUUGAUAUGGGACGCGGUAGCUUUAAACUAUUCUGUUUGUAGGCUGUAUAUUUAUUUGGUUGUCGUUUAAGUGCAUUUGCCAAUGAAACUCAUGUAAAAACAUCUAAAUAUUAUUUGUCUAAAGCGUUGGAUAUUGACAAAAUGGCGCCUGUAAUUGUUAACAAAAUGGCGUCAUAAAAAUGGCGCGAAAGGUAAGAAACUUCAAAAAUGAUGAAAUAAUAAGCAAUAUUUUAAUGGUUCCUGUCUUCGGUUGCCAAAAUGUGAUGGACACAUUUUCUUUAUUAGAAAAUUGUGGAUUUUUCCACUGUGUGUUGUAGCAAUGAGUUAUUGGUGAGUUUCAUUGCUAACGGCAUUCUUAAAUGGUUGCAAAACGCACCUUACCAUUUUCUGGCGAGUGAAGGCUUGUGUAGGAUGUACUGAUCUCGUACAUGAGUAUGAAUGUGAAAGAAGGCAGUUUAAAAUGAUUCCUUCAAUCGAUUUCCCUCCGUUUAGUUCGAUAUGCGGCAGCUCUCAAGCAUACUUUCCUAAAAAAUGUAUCACGUCACCAGCAGUCAAUCAGAGACAGUUUAUUAUGACGUGAUUUGUGUGAAAACUGAUUGGUUGCAUUUCAUCAAGAAGCUCCGGCUGCUAUCUAGCGCAGAGCGAGGAUCGUAUGCUUAGUUUAUUAAUGAUAAGUUUGGAUGUCAUAGCGUUAACCUAUUUAUUUUAUACUAUCAAAUUACUAAGAUUAUAUUUUAAUUAUUAUAGGAGAUUAAUGUAAGGGUUUUGUGAGAACGUUUUUUCGGAUUAUACAACAUGCACAAUACUGCAUUUGACGUCCGCAACGGAUGAAUUAUAUUGACUGAGUAACCUGGUACAAAACUACCCUCAUCCAGUGCAUUAUAACCAUUUAGUGACCGUGUAUGUAAGUUUUUGUAUAAUAUUUUUUAUUAUAAAAACGUAAGUGAAUGUACAACAUUUUUUUUCGUAACAAUAAGCUUGCCAGGGCGAAGUCGCUUCUAUGAAGCGAUUUUAUUUUAUAUAUUCUCCACAAAUCAUCUUAGUAUUUGGUUUUAGGUAGAUUAAGAGAUUUAUUUAAUCAAUUAUUUCGUCAUAUUAUUAUAUUAUUUUUUUAAUUUAUCACACCCUUAGAUGAGAAUAUUAGACAAUUGUAGGCAUUAUUAGGGAUAUUGUUUGAAAAUCAUAUAAUAACUUUAAUUGAUAUUGUACGGUAUAAAUUUUAUAUGGAUCAUCCCUCGUAGGCCUGUUGUAUAGAAGUUUGUAUGGGUGAUUUUCUUUGCAGCUAUUAUAAAGUAUAUUUUAUUGUAACUUCCCCGGAUCUCUGAGAAUAUUUGUAAGUUGUAGUUGUCACCACGAGAUCUUAGUGUUACGCCGAGUUAUAAGCACUGAGCAACCCUAGAUAGAGUGGGACAUAAUAUAGGGAGAGAAACACCGUUUGUGUAAGCUGCUACAAGCUUAUAUUAAGGACGUCCUCUCUGCGAAAGUUGUAACGCAACUAUUCCACUCGCUUAUUUCCCAUCCUUCGUUUAUAAAAAAGUCGAUACACUAGGGUUGCCCAGUACUGCAUUUGUCUAUGGUCAACCAUAGAUUAUAGUUGUUGGAACAGUAAUACUCGAUUAUUUAUAUUUUAUUUAAAGAUUUAUAUUGAAAAUUAUUUAACAUCAGUUCGGUUGUCGAUACGACGGUAGUUCUAAUAAAUAGUUUGACAUGUGUCACGUUGAAUGUAGAUUUUAAUAGAACUUAUUCUCUUAUAAGAAUGAAGAUAUUAUAUUAUACACUUCACAGAGAAUUAAAUGAAUGAUUUUUUA